AUGGAAAGAUUAUCCCAAUUAUCAAUGCAUGCAACAGCAUCAGUUGCUCCACCACCACGUCCAGCUCAUCCUUUAGAUCCUUUGACUCCUGCUGAAAUUAGAUCAGUUUCUUCAAUUGUUAAAUCUAAAUAUAUUGGAAAAGCUAUUAAUUUCAAUACUGUUACUUUAAGAGAACCAAUUAAAAAAGCUUAUUAUGAAUGGAAAGAAAAAAAGGGUCCAUUACCACCACGUUUAGCUUAUUAUGUUAUUGUUGUUGAUGGAGAUUCUGGAGUUCAUGAAGGUAUUGUUGAUAUUGGUGCUCAACAAUUAAUUGAAAUGAAACAUACUGAAGGUGUUCAACCAAUUUUAACUCCAAGUGAUUUACAAGUUACUGAAGAUAUUAUUAGAAAAGAUCCUGAAGUUCAAAGACAAUGUGAAUUAAGUGGAGUUCCAAAAAAUUCUAUGCAUCAAAUUUAUUGUGAUGCUUGGACCAUUGGUUAUGAUGAAAGAUGGGGUGCUUCAAGAAGAUUACAACAAGCUUUAAUGUAUUGGAGAUCAGAUGAAGAUGAUUCUCAUUAUUCUCAUCCUUUGGAUUUUUGUCCAAUUGUUGAUAUGAAUGCUGGUAAAGUUAUUUUCAUUGAUAUUCCAUCAAGAAGAAGACCACUUUCUAAACAUAAGCAUUCUAAUUAUCAUCCAAAACAUAUUGCUGAAAAAUUUGGUACUGCUGAAAAUCCUUCUGGUUUUAGACAAGAUGAUCAUCCAAUUAAUAUUACUCAACCAAAUGGAGUUUCUUUCAGUAUGGAUAAUAAUGUUAUGACUUGGUCAAAUAUGACUUUCCAUAUUGGUUUCAAUUAUCGUGAAGGUAUUGUUUUAAGUGAUUUCACUUAUAAUGAUCAUGGUAAUGUUAGACCACUUUUCCAUAGAAUUUCUCUUUGUGAAAUGGUGGUUCCAUAUGGUUCUCCAGAUUUCCCUCAUCAAAGAAAACAUGCUCUUGAUAUUGGUGAAUAUGGUGCUGGUAAUAUGACUAAUCCAUUAUCCCUUUCUUGUGAUUGUAAAGGUGUUAUCCAUUAUUUGGAUGGUCAUGUUGUUGAUAAAUCAGGUGAUGCUGCUACUAUUAAAAAUGCCAUUUGUAUUCAUGAAGAAGAUGAUGGUAUUUUAUUUAAACAUUCUGAUUUUAGAGAUGAUUUCCAAACUGCUGUUACUACUAGAGGUAAAAGAUUAAUUAUUUCUCAAAUUUUCACUGCUGCCAAUUAUGAAUAUUGUGUUUAUUGGAUUCUUAGACAAGAUGGUACUAUUAAAUUAGAAGUUAGAUUAACUGGUAUUUUAAAUACUUUUAUUUGUGCUGAUGAUGAAGAUAUUGGACCAUGGGGUACUGUUGUUUAUCCAAAUGUUAAUGCUCAUAAUCAUCAACAUUUAUUCUCAUUAAGAGUUAAUCCAAGAAUUGAUGGUGAUAAUAAUUCAGCUGCUACUAGUGAUGCAAAACCAUCUCCAUUCCCAACUGGUUCUUCACAAAAUAUGUAUGGUAAUGCAUUUUAUUGUGAAAAGAAAACUUUUAAAACAGUUAAAGAUUCAAUAACUAAUUUUGAAAGUUCAACUGCUAGAACUUGGGAUAUGUUUAAUCCAUCUUCUAUUCAUAAGUAUUCUGGUAAACCAGCUACUUAUAAAUUAGUUUCAACAUUUUGUUCUCCAUUAUUAGCUCAAGAAGGUUCAUUAGUUAGAAAAAGAGCACCAUGGGCAGCAAGUCAUACUCAAGUUAUUCCAUAUGUUGAUGAAAAUUAUGGUUAUGGUAGAUUAUAUCCUUCUGGUGAUCAUGUUGCUCAAUGGAGUGGUGAUGGUUCAAGAGGUAUGAGAAAAUGGAUCGGUGAUGGUUCUGAUAAUGUUGAAAAUAAAGAUAUUUUAUUCUUUCAUACUUUUGGUAUUACUCAUUUCCCAGCUCCUGAAGAUUUCCCAGUUAUGCCAACUGAAAUUUUUGAAUUAAUGUUAAGACCAAGAAAUAUUUUCAAUGAAAAUCCUGUAUUGGAUGUUAAACCUUCUUAUGCUAGAACUACUAAAGAAGUUAAAGCUGGUGUUGCUGCUUCUCAUUUACUCGAAGAUAAAACUUCAAGAUUAGCUUUCAAUGGUCAAGGUGGUUCUUGUUGCAAGAAAUAA